GCCGAUUAACUGCUACGUCACCUACAUUCCUCUCUCUCAUGUCGACGAAAAGGAUUACGAAUUUCCACACAGAAUUUAGAAUAUCGCUUUUUAAAAUGGUUUAGCACUCAAAAGAGAGGCUAGCACCUUCGGUGCGGUAGAAAAUACAUUCAGAAUGGCGUUUCAAGGGUUUUUGCUUCCUUCACACCUGUUUCGGCAGAGAAACAGCUAGAUCAACAGAUAUCAAUUCAAAACCAAGGCAGUUAUGGAAAAGUUCAGUUUUUCAGAGACAGCAGGGGUAUGGAGCUUGGAGCAAGCUCUGUUCCCCGAUGCUAUGAUAAAUGUAGAAGAGUCUGACUUCAGUGAUAGUGAUGUUCUCCUGAAAGAAGUAGAUUCAGAUUUCAACAAAUCCACUGUUUCAGUUCCUACAAAUAACCAACAGUCUUAUCCUGAGAUUAUUACAGAGGAACAAAAUGUGGAUGAUAAUGAUCUGCAAGAUUGGAUGGAUAAAAACAUGGACAUGUCCGUCCUGGAAUGUCUGGAGCUGCAAUUUGAUCCCCUGGAUGAUCCUUUGGUGAAGAAUGGGGACCCUUUUGCCCUCUUUACAUCCUUGGUGGAUAAAACAGAGAUUGUUAACUCAAACCUCAACUCUUCUGAUGAUGUCAUUGAAUCCUUUAAUUCCACAAAGAGUAUUAAUUCUUCAGACACUAUAACUGGUUCAGCAAAUCUAUAUUCUGAAGGAAUUAUUGGUUUGUCUGUGAAUACCUGCACUCCACCAGAAUCACCUGUUGGAAAAGUACCAGACAUAUCUUCAGUCUUGGGUUCUGUCAGUAACAAUGGUGACACUUCACCAGUAGUUGAAAAUUCAUCUGAUUCAUCAUGUGAAGUUUCAAAUAACACCAAAAACUCUUUCGCUAGUUUUCAAAUUAGUAGUGAAGAUGAGGCUUUUAGCAUUUUGGAGUCCAUAAUAUCCAGUUCAACAGAUUUACCAUUUGAUUUAAAAUAUUCUUUAGAAACGUCAGUCAAUUCUGAUGCUUCUCCAGUUAGUAAUUCAGACUUUGUAGAAUUAGAAAAUGAACUUUCAGGAGACAUUGAAGUCAAACAGUCCAGAAUUACACCAUAUGGCACUGCACCCUCUGCCCUUGAGAAGCCAAGCUCUCGUAUAAAAUCAGUUACUGGUUCUGUUGUUAAAGGGACUUUUUCAGAUAAGCGAAAAGAGCGUAAAAAGCGACAAAACAAAGAAGCUGCAACGAGGUACCGCGAGAAGAAACGGGCUGAGUCUAUGGUUUUGGUAGAUGAGGAAGCUUCUUUAAAGAAGCAAAACCAAGAACUAAAAGAAAAGGUACAACAGCUGAGUAAUGAAAUAUCUUAUCUGAAGGGUCUGAUGGAGCUUUUUAAGGCCAGAUAUUUGAAAAAAUGACAAGGCACAAUAGAUAAUUAAUGUCUCACUUUACAUAUAUGUUUUGUGUUCUUGUAGAUACUGUGUUUUAGUUUUAUAAUGCUUUUGUCUAUAUGAUAUAAAAUCAAGGACCAGUGGGUGAAUGUAAAAUUAAUUGCUUAUUUUAAUUUAAUUACAUAUUAGAUGUCAUUUUUUAGUAGAAAUGCAUAAUUAUCUACCUGAACUGUCAAGGAUUCUGGUUUUUAUUUUCCAUUUUUGUGUAAUCAAGAGUUUGUGAAUCAAUAAAAAGCCCUCAUUAAUAUAAGUU